AUGGGUCCUGACGUUUGGAGAUGGUCCCUAGGCGUAUUUUACAUAAUUGCAGUCGCAACUAUAUGGAUUGCUGCCAGCUAUAUAGUUCAGUCCGUUGUAGAUUCAGGAGUAUCUCCUUUCCUUAUUACCUACAUCUGCAACUCGUUGUUCGUGGUUUAUUUGCCCAUCGUUGAGAUUGCAAGAUUCUUUGGCGAUUCCAUUGAGAAGAUCCAAUUCCUGCCUAGUGAAGAGGAUGACCACACCCAGAUACAUUCAGACCCAGAGAGGGUGAAUCUUCUGCAGGAGAGUAAUCCCUCUUCAGAAAUACGUUUCUCAGCGAACCCACAUGGCGAUCAGUCCAUAGAUGCCCAUUACAAAUCGGCAGUCAAUGCUGAUGCAGCCUCAGGUGAAGAAGUGGAUUCAAAGGGGCGGUGGACCCGCACCCGUGUGGCUAAAGUCAGCCUCUUGAUAUGCCCCUUCUGGUUCUUUGCGCAGCUCACCUUCAAUCUCUCCUUGAAGUACACCACCGUGACUGUGAGAACAACCUCCCCCCCCCACCCUUUUUAUUUUAUUAUUAUUAUUUUUUAUUUUCUUCUGCAGAUCUUUUUAACUAUUAGUUUUAUUUGUUUCAGUCAAAUACCAUCUUGAGCAGCGCAUCAAGCCUCUUCACUUUCUUGGUGUCCCUGGCAUUUCUUGGUGAGACGUUCACUUGGUUGAAGCUACUCAGCGUCCUCCUGUGCAUGGCAGGGACGGUGAUAGUGAGUUUGGGCGAUUCAGAGAUGGGGUUGAGCGCCAUUGCCACCAAACCUCUUCUCGGAGACAUUCUUGCUCUAGUUUCAGCAUUGCUCUACGCAGUCUACAUCACUCUGAUCCGCAGAAAGUUGCCCGAUGAGGGAAAAGGAGAAGGGAGGGCCAGCAUGGCCGAGUUCCUUGGCUACCUCGGUCUCUUCAACCUUUUGAUCUUCUCACCAGUUGCACUCAUCCUGAACUUCACCAAGCUGGAGCCCUUCCGCAUCCUCAGCUGGAAGCAACUCUCCCUAGUCGUGGGCAAAGGUCUGUGCUUCAUCCUACUUUCCACUUCUUGUAUAAUUAUAUGCUAAUUAUAAUGAUGUUAAUCCUGUCAUGAUCCAUCCAGACCCCUCUCUCUCUCUCCCUUCCUCUCUUCUCUCUCUCCCUUCCUCUCUUCUCUCUCUCUCCCUUCCUCUCUUCCUCUCUCUCUCCUCUCUCUCCCUUCCUCUCUUCCUCUCUCUCUCUCUCUCUGCGCUUUCUAUCUCAUUUCUUGGAAAUCUUUCUCCUCUCAGGCCUGCUGGAUAAUGUGCUCAGUGACUAUUUGUGGGCUAAGGCAGUUCUUCUGACAACGACGACCGCAGCAACAGCAGGUCUCACAAUUCAGGUCCCAAUGGCGGCCCUUGUGGACUCGCUGACGGGCCAUCCCCCACAUCUCAUGGACUACAUUGGCGGCGCCGCCAUCAUGGUCGGAUUCGCAGGGAUCAGCAUCCCCUCCGGCGGCUGCUGUGAGCCUCGAGCUGCACCCGAGCUCCUUGAAGCUGAUCCUGGUGAUGAUCCUCAUACCCUUUCAACUAUCUCUUAA